GAGGAAGGGGCCUUGCCGCCGUCCAAGGUCUAUCACCCCUUGUCACCCCAUGUCCUCGCACUUCUCAUGCCGGCAUCUGUAUUUGGUGUAUUAGCCAGACUCGGUCUAAAUGCUCUGGCCACGUAUAACGGUCAAAAGAUAUUCUCGUUGGCGUAUGUUCAAGCAGUGGGGUGUUUUAUCAUGGGAUUCGGGCUUGAAUGCAAGGAGCCUCUGGGACGAUUUUAUGGGCCGCUGUAUACAGCCAUCACCACUGGAUUCUGUGGGUCUCUCACAACCUUCUCCGGAUGGCAAGUGGACGUCUUUACCUCCUGGGUUAACUCAACCCAAGCUCACAGAGACUGGCGUGGAGAUGUCAUGGACGGAAUCACCACCACGCUGUACACUUUUAUCAUAUCUCUUACAUCUGUUUGGUUCGGCACACACUUGGCUUCUAUGCUCCAACCAUUCCUUCCAGUCCUACGACCACCAACCCGUGCUCUCCGAUAUGCCGUGACAGCCUUGUCUGUCUGUAUUUACGCAGCAACAUUCCCGGCCUAUUUCCGUCUCCCUGCCGAUUACCGGCAUCAAGCUACUGCCGCUCUCCUAUUCUCGUACCCCGGCACGCUCACACGAUACUUACUUUCCAUAUUCCUCAAUCCCCGACUUGAUCUGUUCCCUCUGGGCACAUAUGUAGCGAAUUCCUUCGGAACAGCAGUCCUCGGCGCACUCCAUGUCAUACAAGGCAUGUCACCGGCAGCGUCUCCCAAUGCGUGCGCCCUGGUUCAAGGGCUCGGGGACGGAUACUGUGGGUGUCUCACUACUGUGAGCACGUUUGCCACGGAGGUCGAUGCUCUAGUGGAGUGGAAAGCGUGGUUGUACGCUGCGCUUAGUUGGGGCACAGGUCAGAUUUUAUUGUUAUUGAUAAUGGGGUCUUCGUACUGGGCUGGUCAUGUUAGUGAGCAAUUGACUUGUAGAUUCGCAUGA